UGGGGAGCUGGUAGGGUUAUGCAGCUCUGCGGUGAAGAAAAGGAGAAAAAAAAAUCUUCGGUCUACUUGCUUAGCUAUUAUGAAAUUUGAGCUAAAUCUUAAUGUUACGGGUCACUGAUUGCCAAAUAAAAGAAAAAAAGAAAAAAUUUGGAAAUUUCCCAAGGGACGUUACUACAAUAAUUUUGAUAUUCUCCGCCAUUAUUACAAUUUUUCAGAUUCUAGAAUUAAGAUCUGGUAUAACGAACAUAUUUUACAUAUUAGUGUUGCAGCUCUGACGACAUUAAUUUCUACUGAAAUUACCGUUACUCAACUCCCAACUUUUUAAGAUAACAUGUUAGAACUUUUUCUCAAUUGGGCAUGAAUAUGGAAAAAACUAUGGCUUCUAAAGAUGAAAGCUAUUUAGUCACUGGCAAAGUUUGUCCACCAAAGAUGCCAAUGGACAAUGUUGCCUUAGAUAACUGGCAGAGUUUACCACCAUCAUGUUUAGAUGCUCUCUUUACAGAGUCUUCUAUUGAAGGAUCUAAAAUAAUUCACUCAACAUCACUGUGUGCUCUGUUGUCCCAGGCUAGCGUAGUGUUAUCCAGUGAUGGCUUGUCUCAUUCAUCUGUAAGUCUGCCUUAUUAUUUCUGUAACUUUUGUGACCACAACACCCCAAGCAAGCUUAAUCUCCUAAAACACAUUGCUGGGAAACAUGUCUUUAAGUGUCACUUAUGCGAUGACUUCAUCUCUUUCACUCGCUGUGGCCUCAUACAGCAUCAGCUUCAGAAACAUGUUGAUGCAGAGGCGAUGCAACCUAUUCUGUCUGCCAAAACUGUUCAGCUAAGUACAUCUGAACUGUUAAGAAAUAUAAAAUUUUUAAAUCAGUUUUCUGUGUCACUCAGCAGCCUGGCAAGUGAUUCAGUCAAUUCAUCCUUAAUGAACAGUUCAACAAAAGAGACACAUCUCAAUAUCCAUUCAGCAACUAAUUUUUUGACUAGCAUUGUUUCGAGCAAUGACAUCAACUCUUUGGAAAGUAAAGACCCAGAUACAUCAUCCAUCACAGUGUGUAAAAGCAGUGAAAAAGAUAGUGGGUUUGACAAAGUUGUAGUUGAAAACAUUUUUGAGGAGUCCAGAAAUGAAAACAAUGAAACUGUAGCAAAAACUACAUUGGGUAAUGUUAGAAAUCUUCUCAAGCAGUCCCAUGACAUGCCUCACUUCUUAAAUGAUUCAGAUUCAUCUGUGACAUCAUCCAGCAAUCGCAGGUUUAGUAUGUCACCUUCAUCCACCUACAAACAGACCCAAGAUUCUAUCAGAUAUUCAGCUAAAAAUCUAAGUGGUGAUUGUGCACUUAUGCCAUCUUUUUUGACAGAGCCUUCAUCAUCUAAGAAAACUGAUCUGCAGUUAGUCAAAACUGAGGGUCAAAAUGUUAAAUCCUCUAAUAUGACUCAGAGAAUAUCACAAUGGAAAGAGGAAACAAAAAAUGUUCAAGAAAUACCAGCUGAAGAUUUUAUUCCUGACAAAAGAUCUCCAUUACCAAGUGCAUUGUCCUCCAUUGGUACACAAAGUUUGACUUCUGCUUCAGAGAAAAAAGAACCUGAAGAUAGAGAAGCAAGCUUGAGUCCUAAUCUUUCUUCAAUUCCUGUGGAAAGAUUGCAAAAACAAUUGGAAGAGGCAGUUUCUAAUUCAGCAGGCUUUAUCUUUAAAGAAACUAAAAAUGAUUUCUCAGGCACAUCUGAACAUUUAUCAGAGCCACUCCAAAGUAUAAGUACAGACAAAUGUGCUCCUGAAAAAUAUUUAACUUUCAAAACCAAAAGUCCUGACUCAGUAAGCUCACCACCAGGAAGCAAAGUGGACAAUUUUUUACUAGAUCAUGAAGAUCAAAGGUGUCUUGAAAAUGAAGAUGUUUUACCUUUCACCACUGCUAAAAGUAACACUGGAAUUGGUCAAACUCUGUCAUCAGCUAAGCUGAAAAUGAAGAGCGAUAACUAUGAACUUCUGAGAAAUUUAUUAGUUCAGAAACCCAAAGAAACUGCAGGUGCAGGGAUACAAUCUGGUAGCAACAGAAAUGAGUCCCAAUUAAAAUUUAAAAAUGAUAAAAACGACAUUCACUGUGUUCCAAAUGAUUCUUCUAAGCCUUCUAGAGUGGAUUUGAAUAGCUCUAGUACAUGUUGGCCAAGAGCAUCUGAUAUGACUCUCAAAGAACUUCUCACUGGAAGUGUUCCUCAUUCAAAUAAUGGCUCUGCCAUUGUGGUUAAUAAGGAUGUGUGUGCACCAGCUAUGCCCAUCUACCUUGUAUGUGGAAUAUGCAAUUAUGAAUUUCAUAACAAAGGCCUUUUUGAUAAACAUUUGGAAACUUGUAAGAAACUUGAAAAAACCCAGAAAGAAAAGCAGAAAAUCAAUAAAAGAAAUAACAAUAGCAUGGCUUUAUAUGUUGAAUGUGACAGAGCAAUAAAGCAAGAACAAGAAGAAGUUGACCAUUGCUUUACUGGAACAUCAAAGAGUGUAUCAUCAGCAGAGCUUACAGCAUCAGGUUUACUUAAAAGUCUGAAAGAUCAGUGCUUAGAGUUGAAUCUUAAAACAGCAAGACAUGAUACAGAUUUUCUCAGUAGUGACACUGAUUCCCUUAGUUCCCCUUUCUAUGACAAUCACUCAAACAAAGCAGAGGAGUUUCCAUGUGGAAAAAAGUUUGGCGCUCUCACUGGUUUUGAGAUGAGCCCCUCUAUGACUAAUGCUAAUUUACGUCCAAACCUUUAUAGAACUAUCCAAAGUUUAUUGCCAAAUGAUGAGGGUGUCAAUUUGAAGAAAGAUACAUCCACAUCAAUUCCACAAAAACGUAGACAUGAUGAUGAUGAUGAUGACGCUGAUUAUGUUUAUGAAUCAGAUCAAAAUAUAGAGUCUGAUCAUUCUUCAGAUUCAGAUUAUAAAAUGAGCUCAAACAAAGGUCUGAGAAAUAAAGAGUUGGGAAAAGACAGAUGUAAGAGAAAGCGAGAGAUGCCUAGAAGGGUGUGCAAGCUUGCAGUUGCAAAACAGCCACAUUUUUUCUUAACCUGUUUACAUUGCACUUAUUCCACGGGAAACAAAACAGAAAUGAGACAGCAUUUGAUUUCCAAGCAUUCUAACAAUGUGCCAUUCUGCAAAGCCACGUUUCAAAACCAGAAGGAAUCUCUGAUGUAUUUUUGUUGCGGCCCUAAUGCAUCAUGCAAUUUUUUUUCUAUAGAAGGAGCAGAAAUAUUUCAACAUAUCAAGCUGUGCUACUCUGGCCAUCUAGAUAACUUUUUAGACAAUAAAGAUGAUCAAAGAAAUAAUUAUGCACAGGUACUUCGUUCUCUAGCAGUGGCUGCUAAAAAGUUAGAUUCAUCACAGACUGUAUUCUACUGUUUAAGGUGCAGCUUCUCCAACUGUAACUUGCAGAGCCUAGCCUAUCAUGCUAAAAUGAAUCAUCCUGACAAGGUUGCUGGUGUCAUGUUUAUAAACAGAAUGCAGCCAGAAACAAGAGUGCUGAUGGUAUGUCUUGUAUGCAUUUCACAUGUCCCAGUCAAGCAGUGGGAAACACACCCUUGUAGGAAGUUUGGUUCUCUUUGUUGUAAUGACAAUAUCCAGACUUCAUCUGUUACUGCAUUAAAAGAUUCCUCUGCUCACCAGGCGGGCAGUGAACAAGGGAGAGUCAGCUUGUUAUGUGAGUUGAUGGCUGCAGAGAAAGGAGAGAUUGUGCAACACAGUGCGGGGAGAAAAGGGAAAAUCUUUUCUGAUUCAACCACUAAAGCUCCAAAGAUGAAUAAUGGCCAGUGUGAUCUAAAUGGUUGUGUUAAGGGACAUAAUGAUGAACUAAUAGUCAAGCAAGAAGUGGUAGAUGUGGAAGAUAGCAAUGACGUUCCAGUUUAUUUCAAUAAUGAUUAUGAAACAGAUAACAGUAGGGGUCAUAAUAGUUUCAAAACAGAUGACAAUAAUAAAGUAAAGGAAAUGUUUUUCACUGAACCCUCUACCAAAGAGACUAAAGAAUUGAAUCACUCUUUAGUUCUCCAGAAUUUAUUGUCUGCUCCAACUGAAGCAGAGGUGAUGCCAAAAAAUACCAGUUUGUUACAAAAUCUCCUAAAGUCACCACACAUGAUCAAAGAGCAGCCCACUUCAUCUUUAGCUACUUCAAAACCUUUUGUGAACUCAAGCCCUGCCUUACCGGCUCAUUCCAAGUUCUCCUCCAUGCUAGAAACAUUAUCCCGUCAAGCUUCUCAUUCUAAUCAUCAAACUAGCACACAAUUGUUUAUAAACACUAAUGACCUGAAGAAAAAUACCCAACCACUGGUAAAUAGUGAUACUAGGCAUGUUGAUGCAUUACAUAAAGCAAAACAAAUGCAGUCAUUAAAAUCGGACAUGCAAAUUGUGUCCAAUCUGCGAGCUGCUACACACCAGCUUGCUCUAAAUGAUCACACUCAGGAUUUACGUAUUGAUGCUGCUCAGAUUUCCCCCACAAUCAUCUCACGGCCUCCUCUACUACCAUUGAUUCCACCUCUGUCCCCCUCACAGUGUGACAAGAACCAAAGUUCUCAUGCACCUUACUCAAAUCUGUUGCGUGGACUAUUGUGCAAAGUCAAUCCCAAACCAUCAAACUCACAGAAUGAUCCAGAUUUUUAAAAAAUUAAAGAAGUAUUCAUCAACAAGCUGUAGUCAAUUCUACAUUUGCUCUACUCACAUGAUGACAGAAAACACUUCUUUGUCUCUGAAAGUAAAUAGAUCCUGUAUGGGUAGUAUACAUUGGAAACAUGUUUUUUUGUUCAAUGUGCCAGAGUAAUUUUUAUUGUAGUUGAUGGUAUUGGUGAAGGUGGUUGUUGCUUUGCUUUAUAUUUCAUAAUUAUCUAACAAGAUAACUUACAUAAGUUAUUGAUCUUUCGUGGUAUUGUUGUAAUGUUAUUGUAUACAUGAUAAAACCUUAAUGGAUAAUUUUACUGGCAUGUUCAUUUGCAUUUAUUGUGAAUUUAGUUGUGAACUAAUUUAUAUUUUUAUUGGCUUGGCAUUCUUUGAUUUGUCUGUGUGUUCUGAGCACCACAUAACUAGACUAAACCAGUUUCUCAUUCAAUAUUUUAAAUGGCAACUCAUGUAUUUCAAAUGUUUUCUUAGUAUUGUACCUUGUUGUUGAUACAAUAUUAUUUGAGGUAAGUUGUUUUUCAAUUUUUAUUUUAUAAGUAACAAAAACAAUUGAUACAUGGCCCUCAAUGAGCUUGUGAUAUUUUUAAAUUUUUUUGAAGGUUCAAAAAUUGUACUUUAUAUUUUAACAGAUUAAUGUAAUUUAUCAGUUGUAUCUGUUAUUUAAAAAAAAAAGGAGGUUUGUUUGGUACAGCUCAAAAAGUUGUUUUUCUGCCUCAUGAUUUGAGCACCUCAAACAAAAUGGAUAAUUAAUUGUGCAUAAAUUUUUUUUGUAUAUCCUUUACAAAAUAUUUAUAUAUGUGUAUAUAAAUCCACCAGUAUAUAGUGUACAUUCAGAAUACAAUCUGUAUUUAAACAAAAUGCAUUGUACUUUAAUGUGAUUUGUUUGUUGUCUGUUUAAAACAAAAUUAUUUGUUCAACACAUUUUUCUUAUCAUUUGUAUUAUCCCCCCUUUGAAACAACUCUUCAAACAAAUCAGAUACAUGUUUAUCUCCUCAACCCUUUUCUACUUUUGCCUGAUUCUUCAAAAGUCUGGUCACUUAGCUUCCCCCUCCCAGAAAAGAAAAUAUUUGUUCUCCUCCUCUUUAUGGAUGUGUUCAUAUUUAGCAAAGAGUAGGUGUUUAGAGGUCUAAAGCAUCACCUUUUUGCCUUGUGAUGAAGAAACUUCUUUUUUUCUCAUACAAUUGCAAAUGAACUAGCCAGCUAUCUUUAUGUGUUAUAUGUGUAGCAAGCAGUACCAAAUUGGUAGUUAGGAAAGUAUUUUCACCAUUUUUAGGUUGUGAGUUUUACUUUUAGAUUGUACAUUUAGUAAAUAACCUAUAGUGUUAUUGUAUAAAAUAAAAAUGUUUCCCCUUCUGUCUUCGUUUAUACUUGGUAUAUCUUUGAUUUUUUUUUGUUGAUUUAUUAGUCUUUGUUAAGAAUAAAACUUAAAUAUUGAAAAUUAUAUAUUAUAUAGUUUAAAAGCAAUAAAUACUAAUAAAAGUGUUUGUUUAAACCAUUUUUUUUAAAAAGUAUUUUUUCAGUUUCAAAUGGACGGAUUGAAUAAACUUAACUUUUGAUAAAAUUUAAAGAUGCUUAUUUCAUUUUUUUUUUUUUUUUUUUUUUUGUAAAAAAAACUACACAAUAAUUAGUUGUGCUAAGGAGGUACUAGCCAUUCACUUUAUUAAGUGUCUCAAUAUUUUACAUGAAAAAAAUUGUUGGGUUAGGAAUUUUAAUUAACCUGGUAAUAUUCCACAUUACAUCAAUAAUUUAUACACUUGAGUGAAGUUAACAAAACUUCCAAAGUACCAAAUGUCAAUUUGAUAGUUGACUGGCUACAAGUUCAUAUGCAUUAUUCUAGGCAGUUAUGUAGUAGAGUGAUUAAGUCAGAUUUAAUUAAGACACCUUUGAAGAAAGAUAAUUAAGAAAAUAGCUUUAUUAAAAAGAACUUCUAGUUGUCAAAAUGUUCAUUUUUAUUUUUUAAAAAUUAUUUAGAUUAUUAUCUACCAAUAUCUUAAAUACAUAUUCUAGGCCCCACUGUGUCAAUAAUUAUGCAAUAGAAAUAAAAGAACCUAGCCAGCCAUUCUUAUGAACAACACAUGCACACAUAUUAAACCCGAACCAAACCCUGACUAUAGUGAUAUUGUGUAUGAAUUUCACUUAUACACUUUGCUAACAUAAUUUUAAGGUAGAUUGCUUACAAAAACAUUUUAUUUAUCUAAUUAUUUCUCUAUAUACACAUAUACUUUGUUAAAUAAACAAUAUUAUGCACAAAAGGUUUUUCAGUUAAUGUUAUAAUAAUAAUCUUUAUCAUCAAUAAUAAAUAUAUAGGUCACAAGUGUAAAAUUCUGAAUCUCCACAUGGCAAUUAUUAGUUUUACAUAGAAAUAACAUAUAACAUGCAUUCAAUCACUGUUUGAAACAAAGAGAAAAGACUGGAGCUCUUUGAUAAAACAAAGAAAUUAUAUAAUAAAUAAAAAUUUUUAUGCAAAUUCCACAUUGUACCAAUAUUGAAACAAUAUGUUAACAAAACUGAAAAACUUAUGAAUAUUACUAUAACCUAUACUGUGACACAGCAAUGAACAGGCCAUUAAAAAAACAACAACAAACAAAUAGGAAAAAUAUAUUCAUUCUAGCAUUCUGAUAUUAAUGUGUAAUACUCAAUGCUAUUGUCCCUGAGAUUU